AUGCCCGACCCCGCCAAAGACCCCAAACUGGGCACCCCCAAGCUUGACCACCCAGAACUCCAGGCCGGUGGAGGCAUAGCUGCAGCCACAACCAAAGCUCGCAGCGUCGAUAAUCUAUCUCCACAGCUGAGCCAGUACCUGAAGCUCGCCUAUGAUGAGAUCAACGCGAAAUACAACUUACAAUCGAAGGAGGGCCGACUACGCUGGCUGGCACAGGAGCAAUCAACGUCAGAGCGUGAUGCCGAGCUGCUGCAAGAUGGUUCCUUCGCCCACUUUGCCAACUACUUCAUGUCCGAUGUGGCGAGCGUAAUGAAGCCUGCAGACCCUGUCGACGAGUCGUAUCCCAUCUCCAACUACUUCAUCUCGUCGAGCCACAAUACAUAUCUCACUGGCAAUCAACUUUCCAGCGAUUCGAGUGUUGAUGCUUACAAGAACGUCCUGCUCAGAGGCUGUCGCUGUGUGGAGAUUGAUGUCUGGGACGGCGAGGAGCUCUCUGAUUCUAGCUCUGACGAGGAGGCAGCGAAGGGUAAUCCUGGGGUGAUAGAGGGCAAAAAGGAGUCCAAGACAGGUCUGAGCCUUCGCAAGAGACUAGAGUUGCGGUUCAACAAGAAGGCCAAGGAGGAAGAAAAGGCCAAAGAGGAGACGGCAGCGCAACAGGACCAGGCACAAAGCGUGACACCCUGGCAUUCCAAUUCUUUGAUUACUCGAGCCGAGCCAAGGGUCACCCAUGGCUACACCUUGACCACGAACAUGUCCUUCCGAGCAGUCUGCGCAACUAUCAAAGAAUACGCAUUCAGGAUUUCCAACCUACCGCUGAUCGUCAGCCUUGAAGUACAUGCCGGUGCCGAGCAACAGGAGAUUAUGGUCGAAAUCAUGAACGAAUACUGGAAGGGCCUUCUUGUUGACCUUCCCCUCGAUCCAAAUCAGCCCUCUGAUCAAAUCAAUCUCCCCACCCUCAAAGAGCUUGAAAACAAGAUCCUCGUCAAAGUCAAGCGCGGGCACACCAAGACUGCUGCCGCUACGGCCAAUCCAACAACUCUGCAAACCCCAGCCCCACCACUGGAGCAAACUGUUAGCCAUGAUUCUGUCGCUUCUAAUGAGACAACAUCAUCUUCUGAAGCCCCCGAUGGUGAGAAGCCUCCUGCUCCCAAGCCCAAGAUCAUCGACGCACUCUCCCGUCUGGGCGUCUACUUCGGCGGGUAUUCUUUCAAGUCUCUUGAUGCGCCAGAAGCCCAAAUUCCCACGCAUGUCUUCUCUCUUUCCGAAAAAGCUCUCAUGGAAGUCCACUCGACCAAUCCAGCUGGUCUCUUCACGCACAACAAGCACUUCUUCAUGCGUGCCUACCCAAAGGGCCUCCGCAUCACCUCAUCCAACCUUAAUCCCUCGGUCUUUUGGCGCGCAGGCGUACAAAUUGUUGCCUUGAACUGGCAGCGAUGGGAUGGAGCCAUGAUGCAAAAUGAGGCCAUGUUCGCCGGUACUGGAGGCUGGGUGCUUAAACCACCGGGCUACCGCAGCGACAGUGGAGAUGGUGCUGCAACACAGAAGACCGCCAUUCAGCGUCAUACCCUUGAUCUGAGCAUCGAAUUCCUGGCAGGCCAAGACAUCCCAUUACCACCCGACGAGGAUGAUCCAGAGGACUUCAAGCCGUACGUCAAGGUGGAGUUGCAUGUUGAGAAGCCUGAGGAGAGGGAGGGUGAGCCGGUUCCUGGAAACGGACGCAGUCAAAAGGGAGAGUACAAGGUCAAGACGAAGACGUAUCGAACGACAAAUCCUGAUUUUGGAAGGGAAGUUGUGAGCUUCAAGGGGGUUGGGGGCGUGACUGAGGAGUUGACCUUUGUUAGAUCGCGAUCUCCUUGCACCGAAACCCUGCGCAACGGUUCGCGGUCUGCUAGGAGCUGCCGUACCACGUUACCGAAUUGGAAAGCAAGGCAGUUUUUGGCAAUUAUAGCCGGUCUACCGCUUGCGCAACCCGAUCCUUGA